UCAACCCUUUUUCUCUGAUUCGUGUACCUCCAGACAUGGGAGCAGAACCCCAAGAAACUCCUAUUCAUAUGAACGAACUGAAACAAAGCUUGUUAGAGAUAGAAGCGACCACAGAGUCGUCUUUGCCGAGUCUUGAUGAAGUAGAGGAGAUCAUAGGGUACCAAUUUACGAACAAGGCUCUGCUAGAAGAGGCCUUCACGCAUUCUUCUUACAAGUGCAGCUUUUCUCUUGACCGUUUGGCGUUCAACGGCGACGCCGUGCUGACUUUGUUGUUCAGCCGGGAACUAAGUAAUUUGUACCCGGAUCUGGCUCCCGGAAAGCUGACCCGCCUCAGGGCCGCCAAUGUUGACGCCGAGAAGCUGGCACGUGUGGCGCUCCGACACGGGUUCCACCGCUACCUUCGCCACAAGAAACGUUUGCUUGAAUAUCAAAUCCAAGAGUUUGCUCGAGGAGUUCUUGAUUAUCCUUUGCACUCCAAUGGUCUCAUUGAUGCUCCCAGAGAUCUUGCUGAACUCACCGAAUCCAUAGUCGGGGCAAUUUUCAAGGACUGCAACUCAAUAGAUUCUGUGUGGGAGGUGUUCAAGGGGUUACUAGAGCCGAUAAUAACUCCGGAGACUCUUCAAGUACAUUUCAACACUCAGCUUCAUGAAAUGUGCCAGAAGAACAAUAGGAGUCUCAACUAUGUAGACUCAUGGGAGAAAGAAAAAUUCGUUGAUUGUUUCAUUGACGGUAAGUUUGUGGGUAGAGGUACCUACAAAUAUCGAAAGGAAGUUGCUCAAAAUCGAGCUGCAAAAGCUGCAUUGGAUAACCAGUUGGAAUGGCUGGUAAUACGGGAGAAAGACACUGCUGAAGCGCAAGAUAAAGAGAGUUCUCCAUCUGAACUGAUUUUUUUCUGGUUAAGGAGUCUUUUUCUAGUUGCCUUGGAGUCCUACAAGUCAAUUAUCCGAAGAAUACUCCGAUGUUAAUGAACAACAUUGAUCAAUGUUUGUGUAUCUCCCUUGUAAAUUAGGCAAUUUCCAUAGAUGAUCGUGAUGUCAAAAUCUAGUUUGUCUCGGUCAUGUUGUGAAUUGUAGAAACAAUGAAGGCUAAUCUGAU